CCACCACCUGCAGCGCAUACAUCGUCUGCCGCUGCGCGCCACCGCACCCCUGCACGCAUUCUCUCUGACCCGCCAUGUCUACCGACGCGACUAGCUUCUCGGCCUCCUCUGCCAACGGCGACCACCCCGCGCCCACCUCGCCACCCGCCAGCAAGGGCAAGGGCAAGGCCGUCCAGGAAGACGUGAUCGAUGAUGACGAUGAGGACGACGAAGACGAAGAAGAAGAAGAGGAAGACGAGGACGAGGAAAUGGCCGAGGAGGAGGACUUCGAGGAAAUUGACCCGUCCGUGAUCAUCAACACUGGGGGCCGCCGCACGCGCGGGGUCCGCGUCGACUACACCUCCCCCGAGGCGCUCGCGAAGGCCGGCCUCAAGCCCGAGGACGCCGUAGAGGAGGACGAGCACGAGGAGGCCUUUGUUGCCAAGGACGACGAGAUGCACGACUGAGCGGCGCGUCCUCCUGCCGUUGUGGCAAAGCGAACAAAAUCCCUUUGUCCGUCCGUUUCGGCGCCUCUCAUCGACCGAUUAAACGCCCCCACUCGCCGUCAAGGCUCCGCGGCCCUCAAGCAAGUGUUACACGCAAGAAGCAUACGCUGGUGAUAUCAGUUGUAACGGCUUUCGAUGUUGUUUGUCUGCGGUGGUGAUGUCACCGCGCGUUGCUGUGCGCUGUACUGUCAAUAUAUCAUGUCGAUUGCCAUUCUUUUGAGUUCUGGCUUCC